AUGUCACUAUAUGAUUCACCAGAAAUAUCUUUACCAAGCGAAGCUGUUCUUAAUCUUUCUCAAGGUACAGUUAGUGAAACACUAUCAAAACCGCGACCAUGGUAUGCAUUAAGUGUCAAAGGUCGUGAACCAUAUAUACGUAUGUAUAGUUGGUUUUGUGACACCGACAAUGUACAAAAAUUACUUGCUUCGAAACAAGAACGAGAUAUUCUACGUCGUAGUAUUCGUCCUACAACAAAAUCACAGAAUCAUGAUACAGAAAGUAACAAUAAUCCUACUUUAAAACGUCGAUAUAUAUCUACAGAAGAUCAACGUCGUAGAUUGAAACAAAUAUUCGAAAGUGAACCUUAUCUAAGUCAAGCAAAAUUAGAACAACUCGUUGAUGAAUUAUCCUUGCCAAUGAACAAAAUAUCGAAUUGGUUUCAUAUUGCCCGAAUGGGAACUAAACCUAAUACGUAUACGAAAGAUACAAAUAAAAUAUCUUCGACGCCUUUAACUGAUAAUAAUGAUGACGAUGAUGAUGAUAAUGAUGAAGAUAAUACUUUACCAACAAUUGUACCCUUAAAUAAUUCAUGGUUUAAUACGACAAAUGAUUCAGAUAGUUCGACUAGUCCAAUUAGUUUAGCAACAUCAUCAACAAAUAUUAUCUCUUUAAUCGACGAACAAAAGCCUACUCUUUCGAUAUCUACAUUUAGUUCAAGUAAACGAUUUCAUGAACUUGAUAAACGUUGUCGAGAUUUUGAAAAUGCAAAUAAUGAAUUAAAACAAUUGAAUAUUCAACUUAAAAAAGAUUUAUUAAGUGUUAGUGGUGUUACUGAAUUAUUUCGACGAGGACCUGAAGGACAAACAAGUAAUAGUAAUUCAAAUGAAACUAUAAUAAUUGAAGAUGUAUUAAAUCAAUCAUCGACAUCUCCAGCAUCGUUUAAGAAUUCGUUUUCACAUGUUUCAUCACGUGAUACAACAUCGGAUGAAGCAUUAACUGCUAUUGUUAUUAGUCAACGUGAACGAUUUCGUAUUCGUAAUGUUGAAUUAGAGCACACAACACGUGGAACAGAUGAUCCUAUUGAUCGGUAUUCACGUGGUUAUGAUGCAUCAUUGGAUCCGUUUACUAAUUUUACGAAACAAGAAAAACAAAAGAAAUAUGAAUCACUUAAAAUUCAUGAAAAAUUUGCUUUAAACUUUGGUAAAUUUAUUCUCUCAUCACAUCAAAGUCGAACAUUUUUUGUCAUUUAUUUUAUUCUCGUUCAUAUUCUUAUCUUUCUUUCUCUUUAUAAAAUGGUUCAUGUUGGUUCAUCUGUACGUGAUAUGUCACAAGUUUGUUUUGAUAAAUUUCGAGAACAUAUGGCAGGUGUACAUGGAGAAAAGAAUUUUCAUUUUGAACAUGGCCAUGCUCAUGCUCAUGCUCCACCAGGUGUCGUUCUAGCUGCAGCACCACCACCUCAUCGAUAG